AUGCGAGUAUUGCAGAAGUGGUUGAGAAAUUCUCGUUUCAUCUGCACCCAAUCGUCAAUACUGCUAGCUUUGAGGUGUGUUGUUGUAUCAACUUCACUUACCCACAAACUCCAUUUUCUUCAACACCACCCAUUAUCUUCUUCAUCAUCAUUAGCUCUCAAAUCCAUAUCUAGCACUUCAAAUCAACACUCAUUCACAGUCGAUUACCUUAUUAAAUCAUGUGGGUUUCCUCCAGAAAAGGCUCUCUCGGCCUCCAAGUACGUGAACUUCAAAACCCCAGACCAACCAGACUCUGUUCUCGCAUUCUUCAGAAACCAUGGAUUCACCGAAAUCCAGAUCUCACUUCUCAUCAGAAGACUCACUCGGCUACUCUUGUCCGAUCCCGAUAAAACCCUUUUACCCAAAAUCGAAUUUUUCCACUCUAAAGGUUUUUCAACCCAAGAGAUUUCCAAAAUACUGUCUGCAGCACCACGUGUUUUGAGAAGAAAUUUGGAAAACCAAAUCAUCCCAUCGUACAAUUUCUUGAAGGAAUUUCUCAAGUCCGAAGCAAAGACGAAUGCCGCCAUUAAACACUUUGCUAGGAUUUUGUUGUAUGAUCUUCACAUAAAUGUAGCACCCAAUAUUGAAGCUCUGAGAGAAAUAGGUGUGCCCGAAUCGAAUAUUGUGGCUCUCUUGACAAAUCUACCUGGUGCUUUCACAGCUAGUACUGAUAGGUUUAAGGAGAUUGUGGAAGAAGUAAAGAAAAUGGGCUUUAACCCUGAAAAAAUGACGUUUGCUCUAGCAAUUGGUGCAGUGAAGGGAAUGAGUAAAUCAACUUGGGAAAAGAAGGUGGAGGUUUAUAAGAAGUGGGGUUUGUCUGAGGAUGAGAUUUUGGUGGCUUUUGGGAAGCAACCACAGUUUAUGGUGAUAUCAGAGGAUAAGAUUAUGGGGAUAAUGGAUUUUUUUGUCAAUAAAAUGGGUUGGGAGUCUUCGAUUGUUGUGAGGACGCCAGUGCUUGUUGGCCUGAGCUUGAAGAGGAGGAUCAUUCCAAGGUGUUUGGUUUAUCAAAUUCUGUUGUCCAAAGGUUUGAUUAAGAAAGAUUUUGGCUUGAUUCAGAUGUUGGUGUCUCCUGAAAGUUACAUCCUACAGAAGUAUGUGAAAAAAUAUGAGAAAGAAGCUCCUGAGCUUUUGAAGUUAUAUCAGGAGAAGUUGAAUCUUUCAAAGUUUAAGGAGAUUGUGGAGGAAGUAAAGAAAAUGGGUUUUAACCCUACAACAAUGAUGUUUGGUAUAACAAUUUAUGCACUGAGGGCAAUGAGUGAAUCAACUUGGGAAAAGAAGGUGGAGGUUUAUAAGAAGUGGGGUUUGUCUGUGGCUUUUGUGAAGCCUCCAAGGUGUAUGGUGGCAUCAGAGGAUAAGAUUAUGGGGAUGAUGGAUUUUUUUGUCAAUGAAAUGGGUCGGGAGUCUUCGAUUAUUGCGAGGAGUCCAGUGCGUGUUUCCCUGAGCUUGGAGAGGAGGAUCAUUCCAAGGUUUUUCGUUUAUCAAAGUCCUUUGUCGAAAGGUUUGAUUAAGAAGGAUUUUGGCUUGAUUAAGAUGUUGGUGUCUCCUGAAAGUUACUUCCUAAAAAAUUUUGUGAAAAAAUAUGAGGAAGAAGCUCCCGAGCUUUCGAAGUUUUACCAGGAGAAGUUGAAUCUUUCAAAGUAA